CGGCCCCGCCCACCCGUCGGCGGCGCUCUAUAAAUAUCGCGGCGGGGCGCGGACUCGUCCGCUCGCACCGUCCUCGUUGUGCGAGUCGUGCUCGCAGCCCCUCGCCAUGAAGGUCGCCGCUGUCGCUUCUUCGCCGCUGCCCGCGGGCGCUGGCGGCCCACUGAAGGCGGUGCGGCCCGGGGAGGCCGCCCGCUGCGGCCCGGGCCUAGGAGUGUCCCCAGUGGCGGCGGAGCAGGCGGCUGCCGCGCUGCUGUACGAUAUGAAGGGCUGCUACUCGCGGCUGCGGGCGCUGGUGCCGACGUUGCCGCGACACCGGCGGGUUUCCAAGGUGGAACUGCUGCAACACGUUAUCGACUACAUCUGGGACCUGCAGCUGGAGCUGCAGUGCGGCCCCCCCCGCCCCGCCGCUGCUGGGGACUCCCCCGAGGCUCCGUGCAUUCCCGCUGCCGAUCGGAUCCUCUGCCGCUGAGACCGCUCUGGACCCUCCACGGACAUCAACUCCGGGAUCUCGGACUCACCACGAACGUCGUCCCCGGGACCCCGUCCCUGAGCACCGCGGCUCACCUGCAUCCCUGGCUCCCCGGCGGGGCUGCCCUGGGGGUCCCCCUGUAGCCUGGGCAGGGGGUGCUGUGGGCCGGAUCCUUCCUUCUCAGAUUGCUGAGAGCAUUCCCCGUAUUGUAUAUUACAAUGAUGCUGGAGAAUAUUGUUCUACAAUAGCUGGAGUUUUGUUAUUAAACAAGCCCUGAUGACCA